CUGUUGGUGAAUGAGCGGAGCGAGUGCGUCUUGUGACCAUGACUGUUUCUCCGACGUGUGAACAGGGAGUGUGGUUGUUUGUCAGUGACGGUGUGCUGGCAAUGGACGCUCUUGGUGCGUCCCGUGGCCUCUCCGCAAAGGAGCUGGACGCCAUCGAUAUGGCCGUCACGGCUGUGGUGUUUGGUGCGGAGCGGAACCACACGAGCACUGCUGGUAACUCACAUCACAGAUUGCGCCUGCAGCGGGCACUCGGUCAGCAUCUUCUGGAGACGCUAGACGCCGCCGCCAUCUCCACGGCUGUCCUUCAGCUCUGCGCGGUGAUGUCUUCCGGCUCCAUUCCUCGUGAAAGCCCGCGAUGGUAGAUCAAGAGGAGGAGGGGGGGAACGUGGAGGGAUUUGAUGAUUGCGAACGACGCCACGGAAGGUUACUUCCGUG